AUGUCAAUGUCACGACAGCCAAAUAAAACAAGAUCUUCCCGCGCCGGUUUGGCAUUCCCUGUGGGAAGAAUACACAAGAUUUUACGGAAAGGAAAUUACGCGCCAAGGGUGGGAAGAGACGCUCCAGUCUAUCUUGCAGCAGUUUUGGAGUAUUUGGCUGCAGAAAUACUGGAAUUGUCCGGUGAAGCCGCCAAAGAAAACGACAAAACCAGGAUUGUGCCAAGACACAUAUUAUUCGCGAUCAGAAAUGAUGAAGAGUUGAGCAUGAUGCUGACUGGGGUGACCAUAUCACAAGGAGGAGUGUUGCCAGUUAUUCAUUCUCAACUGCUGCCGAAGAAAACCAUGAAGAAUAAGGCGGAUUGA